AGUAGCAGCGUGCACGUCGUGUGCGCGCAGGAGGACCCUUCGCUACACUACAAGACAGUACCAAACCGAGCCUGGAGCCUGACGCAAGGUAGCGCACCCAGAGAACAGAGAGAGAGAGAGAGAGAGAAGAUGGACGGAGUGGGAUCGUUCGGAGCGGGCCUUGCGGGUGCUGCCUUCGACCCGGUUCCCUUCAUUAAGCAGCCGACCACCAUCCUCAGGGUCCUGUCCUGGGUUUUCUCCCUGGUGGUGUUUGCCUCGAUAGUGAAUGAAGGCUACGUGAACCUGGGUAGUGAACGUCUCCACUGCGUGUUCAAUAAGAACGGUGAUGCGUGUAACUACGGAGUGUUCUGUGGUGUAGGGGGCUUGUUGCUGUGCUCCUUCUUCUUCCUGGUGGAUGUCAAGUUUCAGCAGAUCAGCUCUAUUAAAGACAGGAAGAAGGUUGUGAUGCUGGAGGUCGGCGUUUCAGGUUUCUGGACAUUCCUGUGGUUUGUGAGUUUCUGUUUCCUGACCAAUCAGUGGUCUAGGACCGCCCCCGAGGACCUGCCACUCAACCAGGGGGCGGACGCAGCCAGGGCCUCUAUAACCUUCUCAUUCUUCUCCGUCCUCACCUGGGCUGGUCUGACGGUUCGUGCAGUCCAGAAGUAUCUCCUGGGAACAGACAUGACCCUCUUCACCACGGACCAUCUGGACGGAGUCGCCCCGGUAACGCCAUACCUCCCCCCCACCACCACCACCGGGGGCGCCAUCGAGCCCAGCGACAACUACCAGAGCCCCCCGUUCACUGAGGGGCUAGAUGUCCCCGUACCCACAUACCAGGUCCCCAUAUAUUAGUGUCACCUCCCUCUCCUACUAGUCCCUCCCUCUCCUACUAGUCCCUCCCUCUCCUACUAGUCCCUCCCUCUCCUACUAGUCCCUCCCUCUCCUACUAGUCCCUCCC